UCAUGUUUUUUACUUACUAUAUUUGUACAUGUUUUAUUACUUUAAUUUUGCAUGCUUUUUACAUUGUUUCGCAUACUUUACUACUUACUUACUGCAUGCCUUUUACUUACAUUAUUUUUGCAUAUAUUACUUACUUUAUUUUUGCAUGCCUUUUACCUAAUUUGUUUGCGCACAUCAUUGCUUGUUUUUUUUGCAUGUCGUUCACUUACUUUAUCUUUACAUAUUUUAUUAUAAGCUUUAUUUUUAAAUAUAUCUUUACAUUUUUUUGUUUUUUCUUUAUUUUUUUUACUCACUUUUCUUUUGCAUGAAUCAUCACCAAGUUUAUUUUUGCAUGCCUUUUAUCUCUUUUAUUUGUGCUUAUCAUGUUUAUUUUAUUUUUGCAUGCCUUUCAUUUACUUUAUUUGUUCAUAUUUUGCCAACAACUUUAUUUUUGCACGCCUUUUACUUACUUUAUUUUUACACAUUUUAUUAGUUACUAUAUUUUUGCAUGCGUUUACUUACUUUAUUUUGACAUUUUUCAUCAUAAACUUCAUUUUUGAAGGCUUUUUACUCAUUUUCCUUCCACAUCUGUUAUUAUCAACUUUA